CGCCCGUACCUGUUCAAACACCUGUCAGCUUGUCACAGAGAAAACACUUUCCCUCGCUCAGUUCACACACACACCCGUCAGUCUACACACCUGUCUGUCUUUACCUAUACUCUCAGCUGCUCUCACUCUACCUGUGUGGGAUUCUCUAUCGUUUGGGAAGACCGUCUGUGGAUACAGUACCCAGUGAAAGUAGGGAGCUAGGAAUCACAGGAACCAGACUGGGAGCCAGUUAGAGGAAUCACAGGAACCAGACUGGGAGCCAGUUAGAGGAAUCACAGGAACCAGACUGGGAGCCAGUUAGAGGAAUCACAGGAACCAGACUGGGAGCCAGUUAGAGGAAUCACAGGAACCAGAUUGGGAGCCAGUGGAGGAAUCACAGGAGCCAGAUUACAACCACCUACUAUGUCAAAAGAGGGGGAAAGAGCAUCAGUGUUGAAGACCACUAAGGUUCGGACCAAGCUGAAAGGAGAUGGCAGCUGGAUGCAGAGACUCGGUGAACCCCAGUCUGAAACAGAGGAGGAGAAACCAUGGAUAGCAGAAGUCAGAGUGAAUCGACUGAAUGGAGCCCCUAUAGACACCAGCCCAGUGGCCUCUCCCACCUCCAAGACCCCUCCCUCCCCCACCAGACCUGCAGAAGACGGAACACCGUCUCCAGGAUACCUUAUCAGAGGGAUUUUCACCAAGACAGACACCAAGCCUGCUGCCACCUCAUCUACAUUCAAUAGCUUGAGUGUGUCAACAUCCAGCUUCACCAAGAGGCCUUCAGAGAGCUACAAGAGAAUAGCUCCUCACACAGUGCGUCCCACCUCAAACCUCCCAGUUCAAACUGAGGACCAGCUUUCCCCAGAGGAGAAGGAGAAACGGGAGGAAGCAGCCAUGGAUGUGCUCAGGACUUCUUCAGCCCGACAACGCUCCUACGUCCUCUCAGCUGCCAAGAAAUACGAUUCUACAGAGAAACCACUAGAAACCUCCCUGACCCCAGAUGUUUCAUCUUUUGUGGCUAAAAGGGUGGUGCUCACAGACAAUGACGACUCUGUCUUCACUGAGACUCCCUCUGUCCCCAAAGAACCAGCUGCUCCAUCUCUGAAAGACGUCUCUCCUGUCUCUGUGAAAGAUGUCUCUCCUGUCUCUGUGAAAGACGUCUCUCCUGUCUCUGUGAAAGAUGUCUCUCCUGUCUCUGUGAAAGACGUCUCUCCUGUCUCUUUGAAAGACGUCUCUCCUGUCUCUGUGAAAGAUGUCUCUCCUGUCUCUGUGAAAACGGUCUCUCCUGUCUCUGUGAAAACGGUCUCUCCUGUCUCUGUGAAAACUGUCUCUCCUGUCUCUCUGAAAGACGUCUCUCCUGUCUCUCUGAAAGAUGUCUCUGUGAAAGAUGUCUCUCUGAAAAACGUCUCUCCUGUCUCUGUGAAAGAUGUCUCUCCUGUCUCUGUGAAAGCUGUUUCUCCUGUCUCUGCGAAAGACGUCUCUCCUGUCUCUGUGAAAACGGUCUCUCCUGUUUCUCUGAAAACUGUCUCUCCUGUCUCUCUGAAAGACGUCUCUCCUGUCUCUCUGAAAGACGUCUCUCCUGUCUCUGUGAAAGAUGUCUCUUCUGUCUCUGUGAAAGCUGUCUCUCCUGUCUCCCUGAAAGACAUAUCUCCUGUAUCUGUGAAAGAUGUCUCUUCUGUCUCUGUGAAAGCUGUCUCUCCUGUCUCUGUGAAAGACGUCUCUCCUGUCUAUGUGAAAGACGUCUCUCCUGUCUCUGUAAAAGACGUCUCUCCUGUCUCUGUGAAAGCUGUCUCUGUGAAAGCUGUCUCUCCUGUCUCUGUGAAAGACGUCUCUCCUGUCUCUGUGAAAGACAUCUCUCCUGUCUCUGUGAAAACUGUCUCUCCUGUCUCUGUGAAAGCUGUCUCUCCUGUCUCUGUGAAAGACGUCUCUCCUAUAUCUGUGAAAGACGUCCUUCCAGCCCCCGUCAUAGUUGACACCCCAGCAGUGAUUGGCCCUUAUGAGGGCAUGAAGCCAGGGUGUACCAAAAUGGCUACUCCACUUCCUGAGUUGAAAGUUGAGGUGAUGAAAAAACUGUCCCCAGAGAGUGGUGUCCCGUUGAAAGACGUCCCCCCAGUCCCCUCUGUAUUAGUGUCCCCUGUCCCAUAUAACCCAGUGAAGAAGAAUCCUGCCACAGUGGACACACUGACAGCCUUGUCUGACACACUCAUCUCCUUCGACACAGGUUCAUCCAGAGUGCAUGGUGAGCCGAUCCCUCAGCUCAUGACUGAUGAUCUCCUCUCUCUCACUAACGGUGUAGAACAGGAGUUGGUAAAGCCCAUCCCUCCCACCCCAGGAUCUUGGAGUCAGGAGCUUCUCUAUGGAUCAGACAGGCUCAGUUAUGCCGAGUCCGAGGAGGAAGAGGAGGAGCCGAGAGACGAGAAGCCAGAGGACACACACAGAGAUAUUGACAGUCCGACCCCUAGUACUGACUCCAGUGUGAAUGAAAAUGUGUUGGAGGACCUUGAAGGCGACUUUAUCCCCUUCAACACGAACACAACAAGACAUACGUGGAAGAGAUCCUGGGACGUCAACCCUAUCACUACCACAGACAAGAGUGAGGAGGAGGAGCCUGAGGAGCAGGAUCCACAGGUGUCCCUGGUUACGGUUCAGAAACAGUCAUCUGACAGUGAAUCACCAUGGGAUAGAUGGAGUGCACCAACUGUCUACAAAGAGAAGAGAGACCCAGAGCCUUCAAUGGAUCGUUCUAGCUCCUACUCCAGGACCUUGGACAGUUCUGCCAACCAGAGACCCACGUCACCAGACACCGAGUCCAAGAAGGGUUUUGUGUACCUGAAGGAGUACGUGAACGCUACAGACCUAACCAAGCACAACACCAGAGACAACGUUCCUGACUAUGUAACGUCUAGUUCUACCAGCCAUUCCUACAGCAGCCCCUCCUCUUACACCAGGACUACCACGACGUCUGCCUGUACGUACUGUGGAGAGCAGGUGGGCAACGAUGCCAAGAUCACCAUCGAGCACCUCAACAUCUCCUGCCACCCAGCCUGCUUCAAGUGUGGUGUUUGCAGUAAGCCAAUGGGAGACUUUCUGUACAACAUGUUCCUGCACAAAGGGACAGUCCACUGUGAGAGCUGCUACUCCAACGUCUUGUAGAUUGCUUCUUCCCCUCGUCUCCUCGUCUCUUUUCCUUCAUGGCCACAGAGGUGACAAGACUGGAUGGCUGAUAUAACUGCUCUCUCCUAUCAAGACCUGUCGUCUGCUAACAGACAGGGAACACUGCACCUUUAAGUUGACAGGAAUUUCUAUGUGUCACAUUUUGUUUUCAGACCUUUGUUUGGGUCCUACUGAAUUGAAUGAGGUUAACACUGAAAUACUAUGGGAGUUAUUCUAUGGUUUAGGGUUGGUAAAGAUAAUAAAAUGAUCAUAUUACUGAUAUAGUUUAAUCUUCCGUCCGUUUCAAUGUCCACUUUUUUUUUGUUGCCUUUUUCUCCUUAAAGGCCCAGUGCAGUCAAAAACAUGAUUUCCUGUGUUUUAUAUUUCCACACUAUGAGGUUGGAAAAAUACUGUGAAAUUGUGAAAAUGAUGAUAAUUCCCUUUCAGUGUAAGAGCUGUUUGAAAAGACCACCUGAAAUUUCAGCCUGUUCUGGUGGGACGGAGUUUAGGACUGUCUGGUGACAUCAACAGGCAGUAUACGUUAAUAGACCAAUAAGAAAGAGAGUUCCAAACCUCUCUGCGAAUAACAGCUAGUUUUCAUGUGAGAUAUCCCUCCCAUUAGGCUCGUCCAGUUAGGACAGACCACUCCCAGACAGUCCUAGUAAAAUUCUUUCUUGAGAAAUUGCUCUUUGCUAAGAAGUUAUUUUUAUUUUAUUUUACACCAUCUUAAUUGAAAACAAUCACAGUAAGAUACUUAAUUGUUACCCAGAAAUGGUUUGACAUUGAGAUAAAAAUGGCUGCAUUGUGCCUUUAAUGUUGUAACUUGGUGAAUGUAUUGUGAAAUAUCAAGAUACUGUAUGUGAAAGUCUCUAAAUAUUAUAACAUAAUGACAAGAUUUAACUGGGAACUGGAUAUGUAGAUUGACAGUUGGGUACAAUUUUCUACUUUCAGUCUUGACUAUGCAAAGAAAAUAACUACAGAUUUUCGAUCAAAUUUUUAUUUUUUAAAUUGUUUUUGACGCUUUUGACUCAGAAAAACAAUAAAAUUGAUUUAUAUAAACAUGAUAAA